GCGAGCUUCAGUUGGGUGGUAGGUGCUUACGGAAAAUCAUCCUCGAAGAAGGAUCCUCCCGUGAAAUCCCGUACUCGUGCUAGUUCGCGGUAUCCGUGUGCCGUGUGAUGAGUGCUAAGCGACAUAUUAGGUGGAAGCUUUUUUUCGGGUGAUCAGGAAUUACGGCACAAGUGAUUUGUGACCAGUGAAAAUCUGCUCCGUGCAGGAUAUUCGCACGGGAAGAAGGAUAGAACGUGCAAAAUACUGACACACUCCGAGGAGGCAAAAUAAAAAAAAAUAAAAACUACGGCGCGAGUGAAUGUGUACACAUGUAUAUACACAACAAGGCGAGAAGUGCGAAAAUCGAUUUCGUCCUUUUACGUGAACGAGGAAAGAUUGCUCGCCCGUUGCUCAGCUCUUGAGCCUAAGGCAAUUUGCUGUUAAUUAUAUUUAUUCGCGCAAUGAACUUUCGUGAUUUUGGGCUCAGCAGGAAAGCUUUACCCGCGUGGGGUGGUGAUUAGAUGGAAAUGAAAAUGAAGUGAAAAAAUAACACAGUGCUAUCCAAACGAGAAUGUGUUGAUUUUGACCCGGUUGGCACGAUCCCCUUUCUGGAUUUACUGGCAUGAUUGGAAUUUGAGUGCGUGGAACACGAGCUGCCAGGGAAAUGAAAACACAUGAAUAAUAUGGUAACCGGAUUGUUGUGCUAUUGAAAAUCACGCGAAAAGUGGAGUUAUUUUUAAAUUGUUCUAUAAAGUGGUGGUUGGUGUGAAUUUUUGAUUCGAUCGAAGGAUAACGAUCGAAGUGAACGAAAGAAAAUUCUAGGAAGUAAUAGUUGCAAUAUAAGUGGCGUAAUUGAUUGCGUGAGGGUAAACUAUUUAAAUAAAGCAGAGUGGGUUAAUAAACUCACUAAUGGUAUUGUUGUUCGUGAACCAUAAAACCAGAAUUUAAUUACGAAACGAUUUCCAAAGUUGCAACUGUUAACGGUAUAAUUAAUUAUCCACCAAAACCAAACCAUCAUUCCAGUUGCAUCGUAGUAGCCGUUGCAAAACCGACAAUCUCGGCAACGGUCCAUUUUACGACGCGAUAAGUUCCUCCACCGCUCCGUUGGCAACGAUUACGAAUGUCGCGCUUCGAAGAACCAUAGCAAAACGAAGUGAUAUUACUCACCGUCCGCUGGAGGAUCUUAUCCCGCCAUCAUCUUACGCCAGCGGCCACAAUCGCGACCAAUAAGUCAAACGAGGCAAAUUGCGAAAAUUUAUGCUACCCGUAGUGAAAACGUAAACCUAUCUAAAGUCGCUACGAAAGAAAAAAAAAACUCCGAAAUAUCCAUGACCUAGCUAUUUUCCUGUUUUUUUAUUCGUGUUGGUUCUCGCCGCCAAUUGUCGACCAGCACGGAUGUUGACGGUGGUUCCGCAAAUAAAGGAGGAUAAAGAAGAAGAGAGAAAAAAAGUGAAAGUCCCCUAACCUCGAUUGUGCUAUAAAUUGAUGCUGUUUAGUGCGCGCGGUGGAAUUUCCAAUUUUAUGACGCUGGUACCGCAGCAGCUUUAGUGGUGUCGCAUUCCGCCAGCAGUGCCAGGAUUUGAGGGCUCGAGCCUGUGUUUCGGGUAGCAACCGCUUUGCUGGUGCUUGCUGCGCUGCUACGCAUUGACGGGGCAGUGAUUCUUUUUUAACGCGGUAUUUGUAGCGAAAAAAGCGUGAAUAAGUAGUCAUAAAAAGGGAAAUUAUCGACUGCUGGUGGAAAAAUCAGUGCUACCCGGUCUCGAAGGGAUUCAGAACGCUAUUUUUUCGUGGCGAGGAUUUAAGGUAGGCAGCUGUUUGGCGAUACAGAGAAGUAAGCACUUUCGAAUUUUGGAUUCAAAUCAUAGAAAUCGUGAAAAGCAUGCUUUUGGAGAAUAUCAUUUUAGCAGCAUUCCAGCGGACACGUUGCCAGUGCCAUCAGCGUAGCCGAGUAAGCGAAGCAGAAAACACCUCCAUUCACUAGUCAGAUCGUCGAUCGUCAAGCGUGAAAAACGAACCGGGUAAAAUUCUUUACCCGUUCCUGGAUUCUGCUCUCUCUCUCUAUAUAUAUAUACCGGUAAUAGAGAUAUUAAAACUUUCCAUUUUUCCGCACCAGACCGAAGCAGCACAGCUUCACAAUGGCAAACUGGAUCACAAUGGCAAUUGAUUUAAAUGGUGUAAUGAAAAUUAGCUGAAUGAAGGCUGGCCUACCCGAAGCAGCCGGCAGUUGCAGUUGCCGUGCGGUGGUGUGGUGGCGGGGUUAGUUCCGGGGAGGGAAAAGUUUUUCCACUCUAGUGACUAACCGCAAGGGACGUUACUGGCUGCUGUGUCUAUUGGUGUGUGCUUGUGUGUGUGCCAGAGUGGUCAGACCGGGUGACAGCGAUGGCGUAAUCAUACCGUCACAGUGGGUUGUCCAUCCGUUACGAUAGUGUGCGCCAGCUGUCCGAACUAAUUUUUCCCACUGGAUUGUCCUCCAGAGUGCUUGCUAGUCGGCGGUAACAAACAACCGGGGGAAAGGGUGGAAAAUCGGAAAGUUUUUCACACCAGACCACUCUCUAUCUCGGCUAGAAACGAACCCGGCACAGGAGCUCGCGCUGAUAGUGGAAUAAUGUGAUAAUAGCCCGGGAAGGAAAAGUUUCCAACAUUGUGUGAGAUAAAGAUUGACAAAGCGGAGAAAAAGUGGUGAGACUGUUGCGUGGACGGGUUCGGGGGGAAAAAGUAAAUAGUUGGUUGUGAGUUUGGACCUUCCUGAAAUGACCAGCUGAGGAAGGGUGUGGCGCGUGUGAUGCGUGGUGAAAUGUGGUGCUAAAACAAGUUCGUCAAUUGUCGAAAGAAUAGAUUUCAAUUAAGCCAACCAGCGAAAGUUACAUACCCCGAGCCAAACCGUUUUCCAGAAUGCCGGCCGUGAUGAUGGAGCUGAAACUGAUUAUCCUGUGUUUGCCGUCUAUUCUGCUGGCCACCACCCUCGAAUCAGAUAACAAAUCAAUACUUGCCAAUACGGACUGGAAAAAGCUCUGGCAGGAAACGGGUCUGCUUGGUAGCAGUAGCGGUGGUGGUGGCAGUGGUGGUAGUGGAAGCUCCAGCGGAACGAGUAGUAGCGGAGGUAUUGGUCUCAGUGCAGGAAUUGGGACCAUCAGCGCCGGUAUUGGCAGUCCUCGGUUAGACAAUCACCUCGAUAGCAGCGAUUCGACGUUGCUCGAUGAUGGCGAGGUGAUGGCGCACAACACAACCGUCCAGCUUGGAGGCGUCGCGUUCCUGGUCUGCAAGGUGGCAGGCGUGGACAGAGUGGGUGUACAUUGGAACCAAAUCUCGUGGAUUCGGCGGCGAGAUUGGCACAUCCUGUCCUCCGGAGCACAGAUGUACACCAAUGAUGAACGGUUCGCGAUUCUGCAUACGCCCGGUUCCAACACGUGGACGUUGCAGAUCAAGUUCGUGCAGCGAAGGGAUCACGGUACCUACGAGUGUCAGGUAUCAACGCCAACCGGUGUAAUUUCCCAUUUCGUGAAUCUGCAAGUGGUGGUACCCGAAGCGUUCAUUCUCGGUUCCGGCGAGCUGCACGUGGAUAUGGGAUCAACAAUCAAUUUAGUUUGCAUAAUUGAGAAGAGCCCACAGCCGCCACAAUACGUGUACUGGCAGCGGAACGACCGGAUGAUCAACUACGACGACUCGCGGCGGGACAUCUCGAUCGAAACGGUGCCCGGUCCGCGAACGCAAAGCCGACUCAUUAUUCGGGAGCCGCAAAUCAACGACUCCGGCAACUACACCUGUUCGGCUAGCAACACCGAGCCGGCGAGUAUAUACGUGUUCGUGUCCAAAGGUGACAACACCGCGGCGAUAUCGCGUCGGAAAACGAGUGGCGCCGGUGCAACGAUCGCAGUUACCACGCACCUAUCCUCGCUGCUGCUAGACAGUCUAUUCGUAAUCCCCGGAGUGAUAGCAUCCUUCCUGCUGACGGCGAGGUACCAGGUCUGAACGUGAGGCAACCAUUUCCCGAGCACAAUCCCAGCCCCAGUUGUCCGCAGUAGUUAGUGAGUAUGUAUCGAUCUAGUGGGAACCGGAAGCUGGGUUCAAUGUACCACGCUUACGUUGGGGAAGCAUUUUUCAUACAGGACGAAACAGGAGCACGACGACGAAUGAAAUUGAAAGCACACAACCGUCAUCCUUUGUAUAUUCUCUGGACAACUUCGUUUACCCAAUCGACCUAAUGGUUCGAACAGCAACAAAAUAGCCUGUUGUUUCAAUUCUCCUCGAAGCCACAAUGAGGUUGCUACACGGCCACCGUAAUGCAUUUUUUACAACCGAGCGGAAAUUAACUUUGAAACUGCGACACUAACCCAAGUGGAAAGUAAGGAAUUUCUGUGUUCAAUUUCUUGUGUCAGGAAUAGAGAGAGAGGAAAUUGCAUACCGGGCUAAAUUAGACUAGCGUAAUUGAAAUCCACUAAAUUCAAUACAGAACCUGUAGAAAUAUUGUAAAAUAUCAGCGUCAGCCAUCGAGAAAAAAAAAGAAUGUGAUGGCCGCGAGCGAGUUUUGUAAAUAUUUCAAACUUUGACGAAUUCCAUAAUGAAGUUGAGAACACAGAAAAAAUCGACAUUUAUUACGUGUACAGUUCAAAAUUGAUGAAUAGAGCCCGUAACGAGCAUGAGUCAGCAGAAGGGAAACCAAAGUUGAGAGCUUAAAAAUUAAUAACAAGUACAUUCGUUGGUCGAAUCAAUCAAACGAAAUCACGAAACAGAAUACAAAAAAUCUCACAAAUCAACCCCGGGGAUCGCAUUGCAAUCAACCGUAACCGAUCACGAUUGCAUGAGUGAGAACAAAGCAUAGCCUAACUAACUGUAAAGUGAAUCGUGUGGAAAAAAACGACCGUACUCGAACCGUUCCAUUGAGGAAAAUUAACAAAAACACAUACACAAAAACAACCUACGGUCACGCAUGUGUUACCCCUUGGGAGCGGCGGGGGAAUAGAGGGUAAUGUAGAAAAGGUCACGUUAAAAAUGCAUUUAUCCAUUCACGUACAUACACUACUCUGCCCUCUCGUUCCCACGAUAGGAGGUCACUCGAAAUUGUUGCAAAUUAGACUAUGCAAAAGGGCAAACGGGCUGAUUGUUGAAUGGAAGGCUAGAAAUGAACUCCUCAGAGAGUUGGCAGGCUUUAGUAGCGAUGGCGGGUGUAAAGGGGUAGAAACUGUUGGGUUGAAAUCUCGCAAAUGACUCUUUCAUUGACCGGUUGUUAUUGGACGGAUGCAGUUGACAGGGUACAGUUUUUGUUUGUCCUUUUGCCGUUGAAAUAGAUUGGUUUUUAGUUGACAGCUAGACUCAUUUUUCAUCUAUUUCAUUUCGGCAGUUGUUUAAUUGAAACGUUUUAACUCGCUCGUCUGUCACACGAUAACUCUAUACGCUAGAGAACGGUUUCCGGGAAUUCAUGGCCGAGACAGUUUCAGUUUGUUUCGAUUACCGCGCGUCUCCAUUAAAACCGAACGAUGGAAAUACACAAUUAAGUGUGCCUUGUCAAUACCGGUGCUGGUUAUGGUAGUGUGUUCACUGAUUUAAAUAGAUCAAACCAGAAAAUUUCACAAAUUUUUUUUUUAAAUAUGUUGAGCAGAUUGCUUUAAAAUCUGCACUUCAAAAUGCAGAUGUACUUUAUUGCUUGCAUUAGUGGGGGAACUGGGUACCCGCAAAUCUGAUUGUGUAUAAACACUUCCGCACAAAAGGAAAUAUAGGGUGCGAAUUACCCAACUGUGCCCUUGCUGUAUUCCUUCGAGCAAGCAAGGGUUCCAAAUAAAACAGCUGCGCGAAAAAAAAAACCGUUCAUAAAUUCAUGAACAAAAGAUCACGAUUUCGUGAACUGAACGAUUUACGCAAACCGUGACCAAGUUCCUAAAAUAAUGAAUGAUAUACCUCGUAUUCAUGAAACUAUUUGUGCUUUCAUAAACUAGGUCGCCCCAGAUAUGAACAUGGCGUUGCAUUUGAAUAUUUGAUUGGAUUACUGUUGUUUAGUUUUUGUUAUGAUUCUCGUUCAUGAUUUGGGAAUACACAGCCGACAGUUCAUGAUUUCAGGAGAGGAAUUCCACGAAGAUCCGUCCGAAAAUGAUUAAAAUCCUGAUCGACCAGCUUGGAUUCCUCUGAAACUUUACACAUUUCAUCGGCAUGGAAAACUAAACAUUUUACACAAUCAGUUAGAUUAAUUUGGCUCAAAAGCAAUUUUUUAAAAGGGCGUAAACAUUUCUACGUGCAUUAAUUUCAAAUUGUUUUGUUCUAUUACUGUAUUUUAUACAGCAAAACUUUAUGAAAACGAGUUUGAGAGAAUCAAUGUACAUGUGCGAAAAAAAUAUACACUGAAAAAAAAUUUGCGUCAUUUUUCACAAAAACAAAAAUUUGUGUUAAAAAUUAAAAUUGUAAAAAAACCUUUUUCUAAUUUUUUAUAUUUUGCCAAUGAAAACCUCAAGAGAAAAGAAAGAUUUUGAAUGUAAUUGUAUGAUGGAGAACUUAUCGGUAAAAAAG